GCCGCGAUUAAAGAGGGAGAGGGGAGGCAGAUGCAGAGAUUGGCAUUUUUGGGAUGUGAGAGACUCCGGUCUCGGUUCCUUCACAGAUGACAUUCCUUGUGUUGUCGGUGGCCCUUCUCGUUCUCUCUUGCUCUCUGGCUCUCGCUCAAGAUGCCCCCGCUGCUCAAGAUCCUCUCAAGCUCAUUCUAGGUUCAAAUGAUUUUGGGUCAUGGAGAGAUGCGAUAUCGGCGGAGUCUGUAGCACCAGGGCCUUCGGUGGGUGGAGAGUAUGGAAGGCUCGUGUUGGCAGCUGAUAGAACGAAAAGACCCGAUCUUCUUAGGGGUUUUAGACCUUAUCGAGGCGGUUGGAAUAUCACUAGCAAUCACUACUGGGCAUCUGUUGGAUUUACAGGAGCUGCUGGUUUCGUUCUUGCUUUUCUUUGGCUUGUGUCUUUCGGCUCUCUUCUUGCUAUUCAUCAUUGCUGCAAAUGGAGAGAGCGCGACAAAUCCAAAGGAUCGUUCCCUUCAAGAAGAAUCUGUCUCAUCUUGUUGAUAGUUUUCACAUGUGCUGCCGCGGUCGGAUGCAUUCUUCUUUCUGUUGGGCAGGAUAAAUUCCACGGUCAAGCUUUACGUACUCUGAAGUAUGUGGUAAACCGAUCGGACUACACCGUUCAAACCCUGAAGAAUGUGACGGCAUAUCUCUCUCUCGCAAAAACUAUUAACGUCACCGAGGUUUUCCUCCCGUCCGAUCUGUUGGGUGAGAUUGACAAGUUGAAUAUCAAUCUGAUUGCUGCUGCAGAGACCAUCGAAGCGAAAACAACUAAAAAUGCAGCCAAAGUAAAAGGAGUUUUCCAGGCUGUGCGAUCGUCUUUGAUAAGUGUGGCUACUGUGAUGCUCAUUCUCUCGGUGCUUGGUCUUUUGCUUUCUAUCCUUCGCCAUCAACACGUGGUUCACGCAUUUGUUGCUAGCGGGUGGAUUUUGGUGGCCAUGACGUUCAUUCUUUGCGGGGUCUUUCUUAUCAUCAAUAAUGCAAUUUCAGAUACGUGUGUGGCCAUGAAAGAAUGGGUUGAUCAUCCUCAUGCAGAAACAGCUCUCAGCAGCAUCCUUCCCUGUGUUGAUCAGAAAACAACGAACCAGACUCUGAACCAGAGUAAAGUUGUCAUCAACGGCAUUGUGACUGUUGUAAACACCUUUGUCUAUGCGUAUGCCAAUACGAAUCCAUCUCCUGGCCAAGAUCACUAUUACAAUCAGUCCGGACCUCCAAUGCCUCCUCUAUGCAAUCCGUUUGGUACAAACAUGGAAAACCGUCAAUGCGGGCCGCAGGAAGUAUCUAUAGCAAACGCGUCAUUGGUCUGGAAGAACUACACAUGCAAGAUAUCACAUUCUGGAAUCUGCACAACGAUGGGGAGGGUGACACCCGAUACCUAUGCACAGCUGGUAGCAGCUGUGAAUGAGAGUUACGCUCUGGAGCACUACACCCCGCCGUUGCUCAGCCUUCAAGAUUGCAACUUCGUGAGGGAAACGUUUGAGAACAUCACGUCAGAUCACUGCGGGUCCUUGGAGCGUAAUCUGAAGAUAGUCAAUGCAGGGCUGGGUUUGAUCUCUGUGGGAGUGUUGCUGUGCCUUGUGUUGUGGAUAGUUUAUGCAAACCGCCCCCAAAGGGAGGAAGUGUUUGCGGAUCCACAGACACACACGAAAAGGGACAAUGGCGAUGAGCAAGAUAAGCAGCCAGGUGGUGAGAUGAAGCUUUUCAGUCGGGUAUAGAUGGAUAUUGAGGGAAGCGGGGAAAGGAUAUAUAAAGCCACGGCAUGUAAUCUUUGGUGUAGCUCAUAGCGGCCGUCCGCAGGUGUGGAGCGAAGUUCCAUGUCCGCGUGCGUUUCGAACGGACGCUGCAUUCCUUUUGAUUCUCUAUGCCCCUUUGUCAUAUCGCAUGGAUGGUGGUGUACAAGUAUCCAAGAUUUUAAAUGUUAUGCUAUUCAGAAAUUAUAAUUAUUGGAGAGGAAGGUAAAAACCUAUAGAGCUCCAUACUCAAAAGGUAUACGCAUACAUUUUAAUUAGCCCAAGCUUGUUACACAAUAAUAAAAUUUUUAUCAGUUGGUUUUUA